AUGGUACAAGGUGCUCUCAAAUCAACUAAAAGCGCUUUGGCGGGUGGGAAUAGAGCGAAUGGGGCGGGGAAAAAAGCGGCGUUGGGACCGAAGAAGGGGCAGAGGGUUAUUAAGGCUAAGAGGGAGGGUUUGAGGAGGAGUGAGGUCUUGAGGAAGAAACACUCAGCAGGCUUAACAGCUAUGACGGAAAAAACACUCGGUGCGAAAGCGGGACAUUUGGAGUUAUUGGGUGUAGGGAAGAAGAGUAAGGCGAAGGAUGGAAAGGGUGCGGAAACCAAGGGGAAGGGAAAUGCCGGAGAGACGGUUCAUGGUGGACAAAAAGGUGGAACGAGGAAAUUUGGUUAG